UGCUCUUCCUGGAUACCGUGGCGCCCGGGCAGCGGGAAGUGCGGAGGCUGCUAGUGGGUUCUGCGGCGCGAGGGCGGGCUGGGAGCCGCGGGGUCCGUAGGGAGCAUGAAGGGGAGCGAGGACAUGGAGGAGUUCCGGCGUUCCUACAGCCGCCUGUGCAAGGAGAGUGGGUCCGAACCCCAGGAGGCUGUCCUGCAGCAACUGCACCAGCUUCCACGGGGCCGGCUGGACCUGGCCACGCAGAGCCUGACGGUGGACACCUGCAGGGCCUUGGGCAAGCUGCUGCAGAAUCAGACACUGUUGACAGAGCUCGUCCUUAGCGACUGUAUGCUGAGCGAGGAAGGAACCACACUACUGCUCCAAGGGCUGUGUGCCAACACUGUCAUUCGGUUUCUGGAUCUGAAGGGCAAUAACCUUCGAGCUGCAGGGGCUGAGGCUCUGGGAAAACUCCUUCGACAGAACCAGUCCAUUCAGAGCCUCACUCUGGAGUGGAACAACCUGGGCACAUGGGAAGAUGCCUUUGCCACCUUCUGUGGGGGCUUGGCAGCCAACAGCACCCUGCAGCAGUUGGACCUCCGCAACAACCAGAUCAGUCACAAGGGGGCAGAGGAGCUGGCCCUGGCCCUAAAGGGCAAUGCCACCCUCCAGCAGCUGGACCUGCGCUGGAAUAACGUUGGCCUCCUGGGGGGCCGGGCCCUGGUGAACUGUCUCCCCAGCAACAGAACCCUGUGGAGGCUGGACCUGGCUGGGAACAACGUCCCCAGUGAUGUCCUCAGAGCCGUGGGUACGGGUGCACGAGGCUGCUUGCUGCUCAGUUUGGAGCAAGGCAUGAAGCCCUUUGACAGAGGCCUGUCCACCAUGGGAGGGGGCAGCUCAGGGCUGUGGACAGAGCAAGCCAUGGAGCACAACCAGGACCGGCAUACUGCCUUCCAGGAGACCCAGACCCGCACCCACCUGCUCAGCAAGGAGGUCCAGUACCUCCAGGAGGAGAAGUCCAAGCAGUUUCUGGAUUUGAUGGAGACAAUCGAUAAGCAGCGAGAAGAGAUGGCCAGGAGCAGCCAGGCAUCGGCAGCACGUGUGGGGCAGCUUCAGGAAGCCCUGAAGGAGAGGCACUCCAUCAUCAAUGCCCUCAAGGCCAAACUGCAGAUGACUGAGGCUGCCCUGGCUCUGUCGGAGCAGAAGUCCCAGGACCUGGGGGAGCUGCUGGCCACGGCAGAGCAGGAACGGCUGAGUCUGUCACAGAGGGAAGAGAAAGAACGCAGGCUGGAGCAGCAGGAAGCUGCAGAACGGGAGUCUAAGCUCCUCAGAGACUUGUCUGCUGCCAGUGAAAAGAACCUGCUGCUUCGAAACCAGGUGGAUGAGUUGGAGCGGAAGUUAAAGUCUCAGCAGGAAGAGCUGUUUCUGACCAGGCAGGAGCUAACCAACACAUCAGCUGAGCUGAAGAUCCGAGUGGUCCAGGCUGAGGAGCGCUUGGAUAUGGAGAAGAGAAGGGCCAGACAGAACAUGGAGGACUCCGAAAAACUGCGCUUCAAGGAGGUGGAGCACAUGACCCGGCACCUAGAGGAAAGUGAGAGGGCCAUGCAGGAGAGGCUGCAGAGGCUGGAGGCUCUGAGGCUGUCCUUGGAGGAGGAGCUGAGCCGCGUAAAGGCAGCAGCACUUAGCGAGCGUGGCCAGGCUGAGGAGGAGCUCAUCAAGGCCAGGAACCAGGCCCGCCUGGAGGAGCAACAGCACCUGGCUCAUCUGGAGGAGAAGCUGCGGCUGCUGGCGCAAGCCCGGGAUGAAGCUCAGGGCACCUGCCUACAGCAGAAGCAGACAGUGGCUGAGGCCCAGGCGCGGGCCAGCCAGCUCAGCCUGCAGGUGGAGGGGCAGCGACGGCGCAUAGAGGAGCUGCAGCAGGAGUUAAGCAACAAAGACCAGGAAAAGGUAGCCGAGGUGACCAGAGUGCGAGUGGAGCUGCAGGAGCAGAUGGGCCGCCUGCGGGCCGAGCUGACAGCCCAGGAGACUCUGAGGGAGAAAGUGGCAGCCCUGGAACGACAGCUGAAAGUGAUCGCGAGUGACCACCGGGAGGCGCUGCUGGACAAGGAGAGCGAGAACGCGUCCCUUCGAGAGAAGCUGAGACUCAAAGAGGCUGAAAUCGCGCGCAUCCGGGACGAGGAGGCCCAGCGGGCGAGCUUCCUACAAAAUGCCGUCUUGGCUUAUGUCCAGGGGUCUCCCCUGAGAUCUCUGAGUCCCCCAAAGUGAAAGGCAAGGAAAGCAGGAUCGCCUUGGGAGAACCGAGGGGUGGCAUCCCUCGAAGCAUCCUUCCUCAAGGGCAGGCCUUGAGUUCAGGCCUUUUCAACCAUGGGGACAAACAAACCUGGCGGCCCAUGGGCGUGCGGCCCGAGCCAAAGUGACCCUCCAGCCCUACGCCAGGACGGGUGCGCGUGCACAGGAAGGGGCUGCUGGGUCCCGAUCCCAUAACGACGCGACGCGGGGACAGUGGCGGCGGAGGGAGGGCGUUCCCACCGCAAGCGCAGUCUGGAAUACAGAACUUUUGCUCUCGGUGA